ACGUCAUGUCCGUCUCCCCAUCCGAGCGCAAGGCGACUCCAGCAUGGCUGACACCGGGCUUUUAGAAGCACUCUUACGGCUGCUGGAGAAGGUGGACGGCGGCAUCGAGAGCCAGGAUGUGGCGGCGGAUCUCGGGGUGGAUCAUCAGCUGAUCGUCGGCGCGGUGAAGAGCCUGCAGGCGCUGGGAGAGGUGAUCUCGGCGGAGCAGAAGUCCUCCAAACACUGGGAGCUGACAGGAGAGGGCUGUGAGAUUGCGGAGCAGGGCAGUCAUGAAGCCCGAGUGUUCAACGCCAUCCCAGACAAGGGUCUGCCGCAGAAUGAACUCAUGAAAAUGCCGAGCGGGAAGGUUGGUUUCAGCAAAGCCAUGUCCAACAAAUGGAUCCGUCUGGAUAAAGCUCAUGAGGGAGGACCAAGAGUCUUUAAAACCGUGGAAACUAUUGAGGAUACAGUAAGGGACAAACUACAGCUGGUGCAGAAGGGACUGUCGGCAAAACUAAAGGACAAAGAGAAGAAUGAACUCAAGAAACGUAAACUGCUAUCAGAAGUGACGGUUAAGUCAUACCGGAUCACUAAAGGCAGCAGCUUCAGUACCACCAUCAACAAACAAGAGACAGAACUCACUCCAGAGAUGAUCGCCAGUGGAAGCUGGAAGGAGAAGAAGUUCAAGCCGUAUAAUUUCGAGGCGAUGGGUGUCGCUCCAGACUGCGGUCACCUGCACCCGCUCAUGAAGGUCCGGACGCAGUUCAGGCAGAUCUUCCUGGAGAUGGGAUUCACAGAAAUGCCCACCAACAACUUCAUCGAGAGCUCCUUCUGGAACUUCGAUUCUCUGUUCCAGCCCCAGCAGCACCCAGCUAGAGACCAGCAUGACACCUUCUUCAUCUCGGACCCAGCCCUUGCUCACGAGUUUCCUCAGGACUAUUUGGAGAGAGUGAAGCAGGUUCAUUCUGAAGGAGGUUACGGAUCACAGGGAUACAAAUAUGACUGGAAGAUUGAAGAAGCCCAGAAGAACCUCCUGCGAACACACACCACAGCGGUCAGCGCUCGCAUGCUGUAUAAACUCGCACAGCAGGAGAAGUUCACACCCGUGAAGUACUUUUCCAUCGAUAGAGUUUUCCGUAAUGAAUCUCUGGACGCUACUCACCUGGCGGAGUUUCACCAGAUCGAGGGAGUGGUGGCCGACUAUGGCCUUACGCUGGGAAACCUCAUGGGCAUCCUGCACCAGUUCUUUACCAAACUAGGAAUCACAAAAUUGCGCUUCAAGCCUGCGUACAACCCCUACACCGAGCCAAGUAUGGAGGUGUUCAGCUAUCAUGAAGUCUGUAAGGCUCUGUGA